CCGCUGGACUCUACUACCUGGCGGAGCUGAUCGAGGAGUACACGGUGGUCACCAGGAGGAUCAUCAAAUACAUGAUCUGGUUCUCCUCAGCCGUGCUGGUUGGUCUCUACCUCUUUGAACACUUCCCCGGGUUCAUGGUGGGCGUGGGGCUCUUCACCAACCUGGUCUACUUCGGUUUGCUCCAGACCUUCCCCUUCAUCAUCCUGACAUCCUCCAAUUUCAUCCUCUCCUGCGUGCUGGUGAUAUUCAAUCACUACUUGGCGUUCCAGUACUUCGCUGAGGAGUAUUACCUGUUCUCUGAGGUGAGGAGUCACUCCCUGUUCUUCCAGCCAACGUGGAGAUCCUG